UAGCGGCGAGAAGCGAGGGAGAGGGCGUUAGUCUUAUCCUUGUCGUUUUUAUUCUUGCCAUGUUCUUAUUCUUCUCGCUCCUUGGAAAGUUGCUGAUAACUGGCGUACACCGCUCAUAGGAAGACUGGAAGACCGGAAAUUGCUCUCCGAUAGACCGGGAUAACGUUAGAACUCAGGAUCAUCCUCUCAGUCAAGUUAAUCAUCAGCAAGCAUACCUAAGACAACUGUCACCCCCGGAAGGCCGCCUGGCAGAGGGGUGGGGAUUUAACUUUCUAACGUCAGUAUCAAACAUCAGCAGCAUCGCUAAUGGUUACCUACAAUUAAGCUCAAAUCGGUAAGAAUGGAUUCGUCGUCAACAUUUGGAUUGUCCGAUGAGACAUGCUUGGCAACCGUAAGAGGUCAGGAGCUGAGGUCUGGCCUGAAGGAGCCUAGGCUACUGUCGCUGAUUGAGCGCUCUGGAGACUUUAUACUGGGUGUUUUGGCCUGCCCUGACGCGGUCGUGUCGUGUCCUGUUCCUCAGUUAUCUAUACCCAUCAAUGCUAACUUCCAAAUAGUUCAGGAGGCUGAAGAGGCUCUUCUCAUUGACUUUCCCGGAGAUAGCUACCGUAGGUUACGUGUGCGAGGGGACAGGGCCCCAGAGCUGCUGCUGGAGCUCCAGAACGAUGAGCGCACUCGCACGUUCUUUACCCAGGUGAAGAGCGCAAAGGAACACGUUGACUCCAAAGCCUCAAGGACAUCCACAGCAAUGGAAUCACACACUCCUCCACCCAGCAAGGGUCCCGCUCCCAUCCCACCGCAGAGAGCCAACAGACCCGCUACCUCAACUCUUCCUGGGGCAAACCCUCCCACGAUACCCACCGGUGCUCCCAGUGCCCCCGCGCCCAGCAUCAUCAACCACAGCACUUUAGCCAACCCGGCUGGACAUGGCGGUGGAGGGAACGUCGCUCAGUCCCUGGCGUCGGACUUUGGCUUUGAGGACACCUUCAACCGCGCCCUCAAGGUGGAGCAGAGCCACAACCACUCGCUCAAGGUGGAGGACAAGAAGAACCAACAGAACCGCCUGGUCGCCUCCCGAGAGCCUCCCCCCGUUCCCCCGCUCCCGCCCAGGAAGGCCUCCGUGGCCCCCUCCACCCCUCUGCCACCCCCGCCACCGGCUCCGCUGCCGAAGGACAGAGCGUCCUCCGGGCAGGGCAACAGCAACACCUUCAUCACGCCCGCCAAGCCAGAAUUUGAGCGUCUGGAAAGGUCCCCGUCGUGGAACAACAGCCCCACCAGCACCAACACCAUGCGGCAGGCCAUGAUCUCCAGCCAGGCGGGCCAGAGAGAGCACCUCAUCAAACACUGCCUGAGCAAGAAGGAGAAGGAGUACGUGGACAUCAAGAACUACAAGUUCUUCACCGGUACGUGGAAUGUGAACGGCCAGUCCCCGGACAGCAGCCUAGAGAGCUGGCUCUGUUGCGAUACAGAACCCCCAGACGUCUACGCCCUCGGUUUCCAGGAGCUUGAUCUGAGCACUGAGGCUUUCUUCUACUUGGACUCGUCCAAGGAGCACCUGUGGGCAGAGGCUGUGGAGAGGAACCUUCAUCCCGACGCCAAGUAUGAAAGGGUCCGGAUCGUGCGCCUCGUGGGGAUGAUGCUGGUAGUCUUCGUCAACAAGAAGCACAAGAAUCAAAUUAAGGAAGUAGCGGCCGAGCAUGUCGGGACAGGCAUCAUGGGCAAAAUGGGGAACAAAGGAGGUGUAGCGGUGAGGUUUGUGUUCCACAACACCAGCUUCUGCUUCGUCAACUCCCACCUCGCCGCGCACGUGGAGGACAUUGAGCGCCGCAACCAGGACUACAAGGACAUCUGUGCCCGCAUGACCUUUCACCUGCUGGACUACCCGCCGCUCAGCAUCGUCAAGCAUGAUGUGGUCAUCUGGCUCGGGGACUUGAACUACCGGCUUACUCUGAACGACGCCGCCGAAGUCAAACAGCUCAUCAUUCGCAACGAGCUGAAGAAGCUCCAGAAACAUGAUCAGCUCAACUUCCAGAGGCAGAACAACCAUGCCUUCACCGAUUUCAUGGAGGGAGAGAUUAACUUCAUCCCCACCUACAAGUAUGAUGCCAAAACGGAUCAAUGGGACUCCAGUGGGAAGUGCCGGGUGCCUGCCUGGUGUGACCGCAUCCUAUGGAGGGGGAAGGGAGUCGAGCAGCUCCAAUACCGCAGCCACAUGAAGCUGAAGACCAGCGACCACAAGCCCGUCAGCGCGCUCUUCAGCAUAGGGGUGAAAGUGGUGAAUGCGCCGCGUCACAAGAAAGUCUUUGAGGAGAUCGUUCGCAAGAUGGACAGAAUGGAGAACGACUUCCUCCCAUCGCUGUCUCUCUCCAUGACCGACUUUAAGUUUGAGAACGUGAAGUUCCGUCGGCUCCAGAGGGAGCGCUUCGUGAUCACCAACGACGGCCAGGUCCCCUGUCACUUCGCCUUCAUCCCCAAACUCAACGACACGCAAUACUGCAAGAACUGGCUGCGGGCCGAGCCCAGCGACGGCUUCCUGGAGCCCAAUGAGAACCUGGAGAUCUACCUGGAGGUGUACGUCAGCAAGGACUCGGUCACGCUGCUCAACUCUGGCGGGGACUCCAUCGACGACAUCCUGGUGCUCCACCUGGACCGCGGCAAGGACUUCUUCAUCACCAUCUCGGGGAACUACCUGCCCAGCUGCUUCGGCACCUCGCUGGACUCCCUCUGCCGCAUGAAGAAGCCCAUCCGGGAGAUCCCCGUCAGCCAGCUCAUCGACCUGGGAGAAGACACCUUCACUGAGAAGCAGGAGCAGACCAAGGUGAACUUCCUGCUGGUGGAGGGAGCCGGCAACGAGGACAAGCCUCUGAAGAUCCCCAAGGAGGUGUGGAUCCUGGUCAACCGCCUCUUCACCCAGUCCUGUCAACAGGAGGACCUCUUUCAGACCCCCGGUCUACAGGAAGAGCUGCAGAAUAUCAUCGACUGUCUGGACACCAGCAUCCCCGACGCCAUUCCCGGCUGUAACCACUCGGUGGCGGAGGCGCUGCUGAUCUUCCUGGAGGCCCUGCCGGAGCCUGUGGUGUGUUACGAGCUGUACCAGCGCUGCCUGGAGGGCUCCCAUGACAGCCGCCUCUGCAAACAGCUCGUGUCCCAGCUGCCCCGCGCUCACCGCAAUGUGUUCCGCUACCUGAUGGCGUUCCUCAGGGAGCUGCUGAAGCAUUCCCACUCCAACAACCUGACGGCCAGCCUUAUAGCUAACCUCUUCGCCAGCCUUCUCAUACGACCCCCGCCCAACAUGGUGGGACGGCAGACCCCCCAGGAGCGGCAGAGAGGCAUCGACUUCAUCCUGGGCUUCCUCAUGGGUGGGGACGAGGAGUAGCCUCACCUCUCAGGAGUCAAGAGUGGGACGGGAGUCCACAGUACACAGCAUAAGCAACACCACCGUGAUCCAUGAUGUGUUUGGUCCCGCACCUCAUUGUGCUCGAAUCCCGGUCCCCGACAUCCUUUCUUUCUGCCUCGUAUUCAUCUCGGAGUUUGGCAGCGGUGUUCGGCAGAAGAAGGUUUGGAAAGGUCGGGACCGAUAACUAAUGCCCUUUUCGCUGACCUAAAGGACUCCUGCCUAGAGGAGUCUGGGAUAAUGUUUCUUCUUCUUCUUCUUCUUCUUCUUCUUCUUCUUCUUCUUCUUCUUCUUCUACACUUGCAUUGUUUAUUGUAGGUGCUCAUGCCAAACCCUGCCCCCCCCCCCC